UUGCUCUUUCACAAAAUCGACAUCCCACAUUUUUUUCGAGGCAGAGUUUCAAAAUUCUGAUAAAGCUAACAAGAGGAAGAAGAAUCCAUGGCUUCCUGCAACACUUUCACUCCCGGCGGCAUUCCGUCUUGCCGAAAUUUCACUCGAACAUUCCGGUCAUCGUCUCCGACAUGGAGGAAGAGCGGAGUUGUUACUGCAAAACUUGCUCAGAAGAACGCAAUGCAGUACAGAAAACUCGGAGACUCUGAUCUUAAUAUCAGCGAAAUUACUAUCGGAACUAUGACAUUUGGAGAACAGAAUACAGAAAAGGAAGCUCAUGAAAUACUUAGUUAUGCAUUUGAUCAAGGAAUUAAUAUUAUUGAUACCGCUGAGGCUUAUCCUGUUCCAAUGAGAAAGGAGACUCAAGGAGCGACCGAUCUCUAUAUCAGUAGCUGGAUGAAGUCCCAACCCCGUGAUAAGGUGAUUUUGGCUACAAAAGUUUGUGGUUAUUCAGAAAGAUCAAGUUACAUACGUGAAAAUGCAAAGGUUUUGCGAGUAGAUGCUGCUAAUAUUCGAGAAAGCGUAGAAAAAAGUUUGAAACGUCUCAAUACUGAUUACAUUGAUUUACUCCAAAUACAUUGGCCAGACAGAUAUGUUCCGUUGUUCGGCGAGUUCUUUUAUGAAACUUCAAAAUGGAGGCCAAGUGUGCCUUUUGUUGAGCAGCUUAGAGCCUUUCAGGAACUCAUCGAUGAAGGAAAGGUCCGCUACAUUGGUGUUUCCAAUGAAACUUCAUAUGGAGUUAUGGAGUUUGUCCAUGCUGCAAAAGUUGAAGGAUUGCCGAAGAUUGUCAGCAUUCAGAAUAGUUACAGUCUGCUGGUUAGGUGCCACUUUGAGGUUGAUCUUGUUGAAGUAUGCCACCCAAACAACUGUAACAUUGGCUUACUAUCCUAUUCUCCACUGGCUGGGGGAACCUUAUCGGGGAAGUAUUUGGACAGUAAUUCUGAAGCUGCUAGAAAAGGAAGACUUCACCUGUUCCCAGGCUACAUGGAAAGAUACAAUAAAUCCCUUGCCAAGGAAGCAACAAAAAAGUAUGAAGAAGUGGCCAAGAAGCAUGGUCUAACGCUAGUUGAGUUAGCCCUAGGAUUUGCCCGAGACCGUCCCUUUAUGACAAGUUCAAUUAUAGGUGCAACCUCGGUGGAUCAAUUAAAAGAAGAUAUUGAUGCUUUUUUGACAACUGAGAGACCUUUGCCACCUCAAGUAAUGGAUGAUAUUGAAGACAUUUUCAAGAGAUACAGAGAUCCUGCUUCAAGAUAGCCUGCCAAUUUCUUCGAAUUUACCACAACAUGUCUUUUGUUUAUGCCUAUCUAUUGUGUACAGGGUGUAGGGGAGAGCUUUUCAUCUUUGUCACAUACUUUUCUCCAGAAGCAGCCUGCAUUGAGAAGAAAUGUAAGUCAAUUUGGCCACUGUUAUUCUUUUAGUCAUAGUCUGUUGAAUAUCGAUAUCAAUGAAUUGAUCAUAUUGGGUAUUUUCUUUUAUGGUUCA